CUCUUUUUUUUUUUUUUUUCUUUCCUUGGAUGACAAGAUGGAUGGCGGAAAGUGAGGGAGGGAGGGAAUGAAGAGAGAGAGACCCAAGAGAGCACUGAAGCUGGCAUAUCGAGUGCCACGCAAUACCCCUGCAGAGCUCCGGUGUGUUUCACUGGCUUGCGGUGGCUAGUGUCUGAGGCAACACUGAUUAUGCUGAUGGAUGUUUGAGUGAUGGAAUAACUAUUUUACGGCGACCUUUGGGAUUACUGCGGAGAGGGCGAGGCAGAGUUUAUGGAGAAUGUGUGUGUGUGUGUAAUAGCAGAAGCUUCAAGGGACAGGUAACUUAUUAACAGCAAGGAAGGAGCAGAGGGUGCGCAACACCUCAGCCUGUUCAUUACGCCAAAGCCUGCUGCGGAAAUGGAGAGCGUAACUGGACCACAUUGAAGACACAUACACACAACCUGCGCUAUUACUACUACUACACACAUACACACACACACACACACUCACACACACACACACAGCUAUCUGAAGGCAAAGACAAAACCCACUCCCACAUGCAUGUACACUUUUGACGUUGUGUGUGCUGCCCUCUUUCUUACUUGUCGCACACACAAACACAAACACACACACACACGCUGUAAACAAGGACACACAGAGGCCGUCAGCAAACACUCGAAUCACAUGCAGACAAUCAGCGUUUAGCUCCGUUAGCAAAGGUAGUGGUGGUGGUAGAGCGGCUCCAACCUACAAAACAGUCUACAGGCUGUGAGUAUGGACCCACUGGAAGAAUACCACUCUCCGUUUGACUUUGAACAAGGAGUCAACACCAGCUACCUGUACCUCUCGCCGGCUUACAAUGAAACGCCACCCAGCUCGCCAGCUGUCAAAACCAGAGGUGCCCAGCAGCAUCCAGACACCAUUCCUGAAGUGGGGGAAGAUGCCGUGACAGCUGUCAGUCCCACUCCUCCUGUUCCCGCCUUGACAGAGGAGGAGCGGGAGGAACUACAAGGAGAGCUGGACAAGGUGGAGGAUGAGAUCCAGACCCUGUCCCAGGUCCUGGCGGCCAAGGAGAAGCAGUUGGCGGACAUUAAGAGGAAACUGGGCAUCACACCCCUCAAUGAGCUGAAACAGAACAUCACCAAAAGCUGGCAGGAGGUCACCACCUCCAAUGCCUAUAAGAGGACAUCAGAGACACUGUCCCAGGCAGGUCAGAAGGCCACAGCAGCCUUCACCAGCAUGGGUUCUGCCAUCAGCCGGAAGUUUGAGGAUGUCAGCAUACGCUCACUGCAGCACUCAGCUAGUAUGCCUGUCAUGAGGAAUACAGCCUCUUUCAAGUCAUUUGAGGAGAAAGUGGAGAAUUUAAAGACCAAGAUGAGUCCAUCGGCGUCUAACAGUAACCACUGCGACCAGGACGACAGUAACCCGACACCCGAGUCUUUGACCAGUCAGCCCGAGGACACGCCCAUCCAGGAACCACCCAUGCACUGAGACCCGCUUCUCCCGCCCCCCUCCUUCCCCUCCUCUCCCUUCCCCUCCUCUCUCCUCUCUUCCACCCCCCCAUGCUGACCUUUUAACCCCACAACUGUCAGCCCUCGCCCCUAAAGUCUUGUGUGCCAAUCUCCCUUUAUUGGAAACAAAUGACUUACCCCAGCCUACCUUGUGAUCCAACUGUCUGGUCUUUUCGUCUGACACAUGCACUCACUCGUCAACCCGUGUAGAAUUGAAAGCAUGGGACUGUGGGAGAAACAAUAGAGAUUUGGGAUACAAGGCUCUCUGCCUUAUAACCUUUCUUUGCUGCCUUCCCUUUCUUCGUGCACUCCUCCUUCUCUCCUCCACUCUCCAGCUAACAAAAGCACAGCUCAAACCAAUGCCAAACACGUGCUCCUAGCCCCCCCCCUCCUUUAUUGAAUUACAACUGCCAUCGGCUGCAUCACAUUUGUAAGCUUUUCUCUGUUUGCCUGAAUGACACUCAGUGUUUUAGAGGAUUGUACAAAUAGAAAAGGCUUUCCACUUAAAACCUUUUUGUCUUUUUUUUUUUUUUUUUUUUUUUUUUUUUUUUGAACCUGGCAGUUGUUGGCCUUUUCCUUCAACUUAUCCUUCAGUCCUUAUCACUGCAUGUUGGGUUUGUUACUGUAAGCACUCAGUUUUCUUCCACCAUUUUGGGGCUAUUCCUGGUUUACGUUGGGUUACCAGCAUACCACUUUGAGGCCAGACACCAUUUGUCAUUUUCUUUUCUUUCAUCUUUAUCAGUCUUAGGAUACCACAAUCUACUGCAGUCUAACACUGUGUUUAUGGUAUGAAUGUAUGCUUUUUUGACAGUUAUCACAACUUCAAUUCAUAUAUAGUAGGUACAGUACAUUUCCUUAUAUCAUUUAUCAUACAUAGAAACACUCAAACGUCUCUUAUCCAGCAUGUACACUAAAGCUGUAGUCACUAACUGCUAGGCUGACUUUCCCAAGCACUCCCCAGAGUAAAACUCACCCCUUUUGCUAUUGAUAACAAUUGGACAAAGAGGAUCUCCGUGCUAAGAUAGUUUCAGGAAAUCGAGCCAACACAGCAGAACGGCGGCAAAGCAAACAGACAGUCAAGGUUUAGCCUUGACCCUGGGCAAGAGUUUAAUAAAUGUAUGUGUCUUUGCCAGAGCCAGAGUCAAUAUUUGAACACUUGUCCUUUGUUUCUGCUAGGGGAGGUAACACCUAGCUAUCUCCCCCCAUGUAGUUUAAAAAGGAGGCUAACAAAAAGCCAUUAGAUGUUAUUUUGUAUACUGAUAAUAAAUAAUACUGUAAUAUAAUAGAUUAGCAUAUAACAUUUGUAUUUUGCACCCCAGAUCUACCUACAAUGUGCAGUUUUUGCCAAUGUGACAAUUAUAAAACUGAUUAACAGUGG